CCUUGAGGACAAUGAGGCCCUGAGAUCAGAAGGUGGCCGCUACGCAUGGUGUAAGAAAGCUGCUCUUGGUAGAGCUUUAGGAAGGCUGUUUUGACACGUUGUGUGCGGUGCCCCUUUUGUAUCAAGUUGGCUUUGCCAAGAUCAAACCUGGUGGCUAGUCAUGAGCCUGGUAAGAAUCAUGGGGUUCUAUGUUGAAUAUGUGAGUCGCACCUUGCAAGGUCAUGGAAGGGGAACGUUCACCAACUUUGCUGGGCUGGCUGCUCGUCAAGGAGCUGAUGGCUCAAUUCAAGUGGUUCAUGUAACAGGAGAAAAGGACCCAUAGAGAAACCAAUGGAACUGUGUGAGGGUCAGGAAGCUGCUAGCAGCUCAUUCCCGCCACUCUCAUAGAGGCUUCACAGAACUCAUGAGAACUGGCUCGCAGGGGCAGAGUUUUCUCGAGGGAAAUUGAGCCAACGCAGGCUGGAAGAUAGACACUGUCAAUAUGGCGCAUCGGUCCAGGUCCUCUCGGAGCUCAGUGGCGUCAUCACGGGCUUCUUACAGCACAAUUGCAGGGGAGGAUAAGGCCGGGACUUCUGGCGAUGAUGUCGCAGCACCGCCACCUGAGCCAAGAAUGCCCCCGCGGCCACAGUCAAAGUCUAAGGUUACCCUGGACGACAACAUCAAUCUUGAGAUCCUGAUGCGCCUCAAGAAAGUGUUUGACGAUGCCGACACGGACAAGGGGGGCACUCUAGACGAGGACGAGUUCGUGCAUGCGUUUAGCGGAGUGAUUGGCGACGAGCACACGGGACCUAAGGAACUGCGGCAGAUGUUCAUGAAGAUCGACGCCAACGCAAGCGGGGAUCUCGACUGGGAGGAGUUUUCUGCGUUCAUGCUACUGUCGAGCCAGGGCCGCGGCCAGAUGCGCAACAAGGAGCAGGUGCCCCAGAUAUUAGAUACCGGGUGGCGGGACAAGAACCACGAGUCCGCCGCGCACCGUGACCUUAUAACGAAGAUUGUGCGCGUCCCGGGGGACCGGUAUGCGUCCGGCAGCCGGGAUGGUACCGUCAGGUUGUGGGGUUGUUUGGACCUGAUGCACCAGCGCACCAUCCAGUGCUGCAAGUCCUGGAUCAGCGACAUCUGCUUCCUUCCCUGCCACAAGAAACUCGCGGUCGCGGCGUGCAACCGCAUGCUCUACAUAUACGACCUCGCGACGUUUGAGGUGGUCGGAAAGAUUAUGGGCCUGGAGCACGUGCCGCUGACGCUGGACUGCCGCAAGGAGGAUAAGUCGUCGGAGGAUUUGCUGCUCAUAGGCGAUGACGGCGGGUACGUGCAUCUGUACAGCAUCGUGGACAAGGACGUCGGGGACAUGCGCCUGGGGGAGAAGCUCGACUGCAACCGAAUCUGGAAGCAUCGAACGCACACAGACUGGGUCACGAAGGUGAAGCACAUACCGGACCUGAGUUGCGUCGCUUCUUCCUCCUUGGACCGCACCAUCGUGUUGAUAGACCCCGAGCGGAGGACGCCGCCCCGAUCACUUAGCGGCCAUGGCAAAGGCAUCUACUCAUUUGCUUGGAGCAAGAAUCACAAGAUCAUCAUCAGCUGCGGUCUGGACCGGCACCUCGUGUUGUGGAACCCCUUUUCGGGCCAGCCGCUGGCGUCACUGCACGGGCAUACGUCAUGCAUCCAGGACGUCAUCGUUCAUGAUGGCCACAACCAGAUCGUCAGCGUGGGGGUUGACAAGUCCAUGCGGGUUUGGGACAUCCGGAGCCACAAGUGCAUCCAGGUCAUGAUCGACAAGGCGCAGUAUCGGCCCGAGAACCGCAUCGGUGCGAUCAUGUUCGACCCCGCGCGCUCGUUUCUGAUCACCGGCGCGACGCGGCUGAAACCCUGGCCGCUCAAAACCCUGGAGGACAGCUUCGGGAUGGCGCACGCGACCGCGGUCACGGCCGCGCUCUACAACGCGAGCCUGGAACAGGUCGUGAGCGGAGACCAGAGUUCCAUCGUCUGCGUGUGGGACCUGGCGACCGGAAAGCUGACGUUCCGCUUCGCGAGCACGCCCAACGAGGGCAAAAUCACGGCCAUGUCGUUUGAUUCGAACAAGCGACGCCUUCUGAUUGGAUUCCACGAUGGUUCCGUUAAGAUGUGGAAUCCAAACAACGGGGAGUGCCUGAAGGAACUUGCGAGCCGGACGUCUGUGGAAGUGACCGGUCUGGCCAACCAUAAAGGUGGCUACCAGUCCCGGCAAAUCAUUGGCGUUGGAUGGAACAGAAAGGUGACGCUGUGGGAGGAAGCCGACCGGCGGAUCCUGUACCCGAUCAAACUGCUGCCGGGCCACCAUGACGACAUCCUGACGUUAGCAGUCUCGCCGCCGUACACGCUCGCGACCGGGGCGCACGACGGGACGAUCAUAUUGUGGAACAUCGAUAGCGGGGCCAUCCGGUGCAAGCUGACGCCUCCAUAUACGGAGGGGCGACCCCCCCACGAGAGGUCCGUGGAGAAGGUCGCCUUCUUCAACGGCCCCAAGAAGAACCUCCUUUGUUCCUGCGGGGCCGACGGAAUGAUCCGCGUGUGGGACUCCAUCGACGGAACGCUCGCUUCAGAGUUGGACGCUCAACACAAGGCGGGGGAGAGUCUGGUCGGGCUGGCCAUCAGCCAGGACAACGCCAUCCUAGUUACCGGCGACGCCACAGGAUACCUCAAGGUCUGGGACACCAGCCGGUACCAGGGGCGGCGGCGCGGCGGCGCGAGCAACGAUGUCGAACCGGAGGCGUUCCUUGAAGGCGGCGGCUGGAAGGCGCACGCGGCGACCAUCUCAAGCAUAGAAGUGGUCGACAGGGACGCCCUCAUUUUGACGGCGUCUGCCGACACAUUUGUCAGUCUCUGGUCUCUCGACGGCCAGAUCGUCGGCCACUUCGGGCGCGACACAUGGAUCCUUUCCGACCGUGCCACGUGGCGCUCAGAGCGGACGUCCAGCGAGAGUGUCAGCCGGCGCAAUAGUGAGCGGGAGGGUUCGAAAGAGAACGUCGAAUCCGUAGGCGGGAAAAGCGCCGGGUUCACAGGGAGAAGGGGCUUCGACUUCGAAGAGGACCCCAGGCACGUGUUGCGAUCUUGGGCUGGCAGCCCUUCGCGCCCUCAGAGCAGCGCUUUGUACGAGAAGCGAGUGUACCGACCAAAAGGCGACGAGGCACUCAACCACUGCCUCACGGAAGGUCGCCCCAGCUCGUCCAUCGCUCACCUGCUGCACAUACAAGGCCUCAAGGACCUCGGAUCGAAGCCGGCCCGCGUCACUCCGUCCGCCGGUAGAGCCAUCCACACGUCCGCACAUAAACAGGGCAGUCCGAACCGUCCGGCGCGGCCCCAGACAGCCAUAGGAAUCGUCAGAAGCUCUUACGCGAGCCCUUCGGAUAGCGCGACCAAAAUCUCCGCUCGCCCGACGACCGCGAACCCGAGGAAAAGCACGUCGCUCCACGACCCGGGUCUUGCGCGCCGGCCCUCUUCCGCUUUUAGUAGGAGGGACGAGCGGUAAACCAACUUUCCGUCGUAUCUACCAAGAAGCGGUUUACCUCGCCUCGCACGCUGCACUUUAUGGCUUGAGAGCAUCGUCAUUCGCAAUGCACCGUAUGUACUACUAGUUAGUGGUAGGCAAUUUGUGCGUCUGCAAUCAGAGGGAUCCGUAUCGACUCGGGUCGCAUACGGCAUGUACAAGGAAUCAGGCGCCAGUGACUGGUCAAUAAGGGUGAUAUCCCUCGAACUUGGAUCAUAAGUGAUUCCUGUGAAAGUGACUUCGAUCUAGAGAAGGAGCACUCGGAGACGGCAAUAAUGGAGCAAGAUGCAUCACCGGGCCUCUGCAAACUCUUGUAAAGUUGUGUAGGUCUCGGUUGCAUGGGACGUUUGCUUGGUCACUGGGGCAAUAAGGAGAUCCUACUUCAAUUUGACACUCGCUGGUAUGAUGACUAGCUGCAUUUGAGACCGGACAGGACUUCCAAAAGUUUAUUUUGUUCUUGGCCAGAGGCCUCUGUAUCUGGCUUGCUAGCUCAUAAGGCAUCUUUGUCAACUUUUCGAUGAUACGUGACCUCGUGGGGCAAUUUGAAGACUGAGAG